AUGUGUCGGAUAUGGCAGCCAGCAUGUGCGACAAGAGAGUUGCCGGUUGCAGUUUGGAUCCAUGGUGGUGCAUUCUCGCAAGGCGGUACAGUCGAUCCACUGUACAAUGUGAGCUACAUCGCCCAGAAUGGUGUCGAGAUCGCGUCUGGCAUUGAAGUCACUAUUAUCGGCGAGUCCGCAGGUGCGGCAUCCGUUGGUAUCCAUCUCAUUGCAUACGGUGUCCGAGACGAUAAACUCUUCUCUGCGGCAAUCAUGGAAUCCGGCGCUCCACUCCUCCUCGGUAACAAGUACAACGCUUCGCUUGAGCAAGCCAACUUGAAGCUGGUGAGUUUUGUUUGUGUGCCUAUCAUAACCGGCACAAAUACUGACGAAGGCGUCUUCACUGCAGUUGGCAUGAACAUCAAUAUCGAUGACGACUUUCGCAUUCGGGCUGCCGGCUAUGGUUCGAAUGACACAUUCGGCAAGCUCGAAGUUUUGUAUCCCGAUAGCCCUGCGAUCGGCAUUCCCGAGCUUUGGCAGACACCUACGGGUCGAGGCAAUCGACGAAGCGCUGGGCCGCCCUUUCGGGUGACUUCACUUUUGUUGCACCCCGGCGUCUUAUGUGUCAGCGGUGGGCUCAGCACGGGGUUCCAGCGUACUGCUACCGCUUCAACGGGGACACGCCUCUGCUUCCCAUCUGUUGAGUUAGUCGAGUCCUGCAGCGCGAGAGGCAGUCCUCAGAAUACUCUCCGAGUAGGGUCGGUCGCGUGUUCUAGAGGAGCCACUAGACCGCCGUCCUUAAGCUGA